AUGGAGAGAAAAGAUGAUGAUUGGGAUCAAAGGCCAUUGAUGGAGCUAACCCAAGCAAAAGGGCUAGUAGAACAACUACAAACUCAUGUCAUGGAUUCCCCUUCCGCUACUACUAAUGGCAAAGAGUUGAUGACAAAAAUCACAUCUUCUUAUAAAGCCUCACUUUCCAUGUUGAAUGGGGUCAAGUUUGAAGAUGGUGCAAACUCUCUAUCCAUGUUGAAAGGGAUCAAGUACUUAGAAGGUGGUGAACCCUCUCUUUCCAAGUUGAACCGAAUCAAGUUAGAAACUGGCGAAAACUCUCUUUCCAUGUUGAGUGGUGUCCAAGGUGGCGAUCCACCUAAAAUGACCGGAUCAUCAACGACGGCUAUCAUUCCGACCGACUCACCUCGUUCCCCCUGUGGAAGCCUUGGAAACCAUGAUGACUCAAAUCUCGUAAGAAAGCAGUCUAAAAUAAGAUGUGCUCAUAGAGUUGCUCAAGGGUGUUUAUCUAACAAACAAGUUCAGCGAUCGGAUGAAGACCCGUCUAUCUUUGACGUCACAUAUCAAGGACUGCAUACGUGUAAUCAAGUUUCGCAUUUACUACCAGGCCAGCCCCCAAAUAAAGAGGAUCAAAAGCUGAAAAAUCCACAAGAAACUCUUUUGAAUUUUAAAACAGGUUGUCAUGUUAAAGUAGAGGAUUUUAUUUCCUUAAUAGAACCCAAAUCUACUUCAUUCUCACUACCUUCUGCUUCAACACCUAAUCCAAAUUCUUCAAAGAGAGAAAAGAAAACAGUUGUACCGGAACUGGAGCCGCAUAACCAUUCCAUGGAUAGUCGUUUUCAUCCUCCCUCUGCAUCUCCUACAACUUCAAAUUCCAGUUUUUUUUCUCCUUACCAAACAAACAAUUUUGGAGAGCUGCAGAAUUUACAAUCUGAUCAUGAUGAUUUUGCUACGGUUACGGCUUCCGGUAUCAGUUCUCCAAGUCAAGAUUUCGGUUUGGAUUUCUUUGUUGAUUUUAACUCAGACAUUCCAUUUAGUCGUUAG